UUCACUAAAGCAAUGGAUGUUUUCAUCUUGUCAGCCACAAUUUCUUGUGCUGUUGUAGCUCUGAUAUAUCUAUGGAAAGUAUUGGAUUGGGUGUGGUUUACCCCCAAAAAACUCGAAAAAAUCCUACGUCAACAAGGCUUCAAGGGCAAUUCUUACAAGCUUUUCUAUGGAGAUUUCAAAGAGAUAGGAAAGAUCAUUGGGGAAGCCUUGUCCAAACCCAUGGAUUUCACCAAUGAAAUUGCGCAUAGAGCGACUCCCAUUGUCCACUACGCUACCAAAAACUAUGGUGAUGACAACUUUGUUUGGUUUGGACCAAGGCCCGCGGUGUGCAUAAGGGAGCCUGAGAUUAUACGGGAGAUUUUGUCGAAAAACAACGUUUAUCUGAAGCCGACUGCUAAUUUACUCGGGAAAAUGUUCAAAGGAGUUGGAACGUACGAGAAAGAGCAAUGGGCCAAACAUAGAAAGCUAAUUAACCCUGCCUUCCAUGUUGAGAAACUAAAGCAUAUGGUUCCAGCAUUCCACGUCAGCACGGUUGACAUGCUGAAGAAAUGGGAUGCGAUCGUACCAGACUCCGGAUCAUGUGAAGUCGACGUGUGGCCUUAUCUUCAGACCAUGACGAGCGAUGUGAUAUCAAGAACCGUGUUCGGGAGCAGCUACGAGGAAGGAAACAAGAUCUUCAAGCUCCAGCGAGAGCAGGUGGAGCGAAUCAACGAGGCCGGUCGCCAUAUGCCCGUCCCGCGAUGGCUGCCCACCAAAAACAACCGGAGGAUGAAGGAAAUCAUGGAUGAGAUCGAGUCACGGGUGCUCGGGGUCAUCGGGAAGAGGGUGAAGGCGAUGGAGGCGGGCGAGCCGAGCAUGAAUGACUUAUUGGGCAUGCUAUUGGAAUCCAAUGCAAAUGAGGUGAAGCAGAAUGGAACUGCUUCUGCAAUGUCAAUGGAGGAAGUGAUGGAAGAGUGCAAGGUGUUCUACUUCGUUGGCCAGGAAACGUCUGUCUGUUUGCUGGUAUGGACAAUGAUCCUUCUGAGCAAGCACGAGGACUGGCAAACACGCGCCAGGGACGAGGCUUUGGAGCGUUUCGGGAAAGGGAAACCUGAUUAUCAAGAGCUAAACCACCUAAAAACUAUGAACAUGAUCCUCCACGAGGCUCUGAGGCUAUACACACCGGGAGCGACGCUCGCCAGGCUUACAUACAAGGAGGCGAACUUCGGAAAGUACACUAUCCCGGCCGGAGUGCAGAUGCAGCUGCCCUUGCUAGCAAUGCACCACGACACGCGCCUGUGGGGGGACGACGCGGCCAUAUUCAAUCCGGAGAGGUUCUCUCAGGGCGUGUCGAAGGCGACGCAGGGGAGGCCUAUAUACAUUCCGUUCGGGUCGGGGCCAAGGGUUUGCAUCGGGCAGAACUUCACGAUGGUGGAAGUUAAGAUGGCGAUGGUUAUGAUUCUGCAGAAUUAUUCGUUCAAGCUUUCGCCCUCGUAUUCGCAUGCUCCUCAUCAUCUCUUCACUCUGCAGCCUCAGCAUGGAGCACAUUUGAUUCUUACCAAACUAUAACUAUUUCAAUUAUUUUAAACUAUAAUAAUUUUUUAUUAUUAUGUGGUUUCGUGUGAUAAGGGUGACAUGUAUUAGA